GCCUCACUUUGUAAUUAGGAAUUGACAUUGCACUCUAGAGGUGAGCCUUUAGGUUUAUAUAUAGGGUACAUUUUCAGUAACGUUUCAGUUAGCAGUUGCCAUCCAUAUGUCAAGUUUCGAUUUUCUGUUUUUUAACAUGCCUUUACAAGGGAAAGUAUUAUCAUGGCAUUUGAUACUUUAUCAUUUUGUGCGUCUACUCAACGCUGACAUUUGCGAUUUGACUACCAAAGAAAUUGGUCUGAAAACCUACAGCUAUUCCAUGACAGAGUUGAACUUUGAGAAUGCUCUAACGUUCUGUCAAUCCUGUCAAUCAGGAUAUUCCUUGGCUAAGAUAGGAACUUCAUUUGAAUUUGAUGGCACGAAGAGAGCUAUUGACGCAUUUACUUCUGGCGAAGAUACAGAGGUAUAUGUGAGCUUACAAAACAAGGACGGCAUUAAAUGCAAAUCAAAAUACAACAUGAAAUGCAAUGCUAAGCUACAAAAUGGAUAUGGAAGAACGUUGGCAGACUUGAACCAUCUGGACUUGGAUAUUGACGAAGAGAUGUGUAUUUUGUAUGACACAGAGGAGCAAUUAUUCGAGGAAGCAUCUUGCAACGAAGCAGGAUAUGUUAUUUGCGAAAAAGAUACAGAACCGCCUCCUUGUGGCGAUAAAAAUUUGUAUUUCAAUCUGUAUGGAACGAUCACAAAGUCAGAAGCUGAACUUCAAUGCCAAACUCAUGGGUUAACUCUACCUUCCCCAAGAUCCACGGCCGACUUGAUCGCCAUCAAAGAUGUGGUUACUGGUACGAGAGUAUGGGCGGCUUUACACUAGGAUGGAAAACCGAGAUUGAAUCCGGUUUGAGAAUUGAAAUAGGACUAUUGCUGGGAAGAGUUGUUGGUGUAUGAGUCUUUGUGUUCAGCUUGAGUACAAUGAAAAACUGGGAACCAUUUGCUGGACUCAAGUCUUUUGCCGACUCACCUCAGCACUAGCCUUACUUCAUUCCUCAAACCGGAUUCAAUCCUGGUUUUCCAUCCUAGUGUAAAGCUGCCCUAACACUGAGGUUUGUUAUUAGUGGGCUGGGUUUUGGGCUGGCUUUAACUCCCUUUUGUGAAUGUAGAUGUGGAAUAUUGGAUUGAUCUUUACAACUCCUAUGAAAUCAAAUGUGACGACGGGGAUUGCUUCGACGAAAGUCUGACAAAUGGAGAUGGCGACAAUAUAAGUUUAGCAAAUUUUGGAGGUAUUGAUCUUAACAAAAAUCAGGCGUGUGUUGUUGCCAAAGAUGCCGAAAUUAAAACCAAAGAAUGCAACAGCAACAAAUUGGUUGUCUGCGAGCUGAAGUGCUCCUCAAGCAACCUUUCCUCCACAAUUCUACCAUCAAUGACAACAACAACGACGACAUCGGCAACAACAACAGUGACGCCAACAACUCCCAAUUCGGCUCCGCAUCUUUGCCAGCCCUCAAUGUCAUUUCAGUCUCCUGGGACUUUAAAGUUUUAUAGGUCUGUGGCAUCAUCCAAUGGAUAUGCUCACGCUCCCAAACUGUGUUCAGAUGUUGGCAUGGAGUUGGCCAAUAUAGGAAGCAGUGUUGACGCGCUACAGAUUCAAGAGAUCCUGGGUUCGGUCCAUUUCUUGACUUUACACAUUGUUAAACCAUUACUAAAUCCUUCACCUUUCAGGCUCUGGCAGCUAUUGGGUGUCGCUGUACAACCCAAACUUGGUAUUCUGUAAUUCCCCCGCGAAUUGCGAAGGACAGCUACGUUCCGCCUUUGGCCAAAUUUACAGUUCUAACGCCUUGGCUGCAGAAUUCCAUAUUGUUUCCAAACGAUGCAUAAAACUGCAAGUGAAUUCCACCUCUACCCAAUUUGAAAGCGUGGAGUGUGAUGUCAAUCUGAACAGUGCAUGUGAAUCUACCUGUGCCUUGGGAUACUCGGGUAUAGACCCCAAUCAAUGGUCAAAACAAGAUAUCUUAAAAACUUAUCUUGAAUCUUUACCCGGUAGGUCUUGGUGACAAUCGAUGUCAUGUUCCACCCUUAAUCCCCCUUACAAGCAUGGACGAAAUGACUCCAAUUAGUUUCGAAGUUGGAUCUUCAACUCCUUUAUAGUAAGUUCUUGGCAUCGUAUUUAUAAUGAAAUCACAGGGUGUGCUUGCCUUUGUUCUUGAUAGCUAAAUGAGUGUUUGGCUUUUCAUUGAUUUGUCUUAAAUCUGCACAUUGGUACCUUGACAUAGGAUAGCAUUUGUUUCUGUUUCAAUUUGCACUAUUGAUGGCUAGGAAAGAGUUUUUUCUACGUUCUUUUGGGUUUUGUCGAAGAGUUUGCAAAAUUAUUUGAUGAAAUGCAAAUACCAUGCACGUAAGUUACAUUUGUUUAUCUUUAUUCACUCUUUGGAUUAUUGUCUUGCCUGGCAUUUUUUCGGGUUGGAAUGGAGUGGUCGUUUUCGUUUCCCAAAAGGCCCCUUCAGAGAUCAAUCCAUGUUUUUGGCUUUUGUUUGAGAGUGUUUCCAGAAUGCGAUAGGAAAUUGGAAAACAUAUUUAGCUAUCUCUUUGUUUCGUUUGGGGUGCAAAAGUCGAAGGGAUGUGACUUGCUCGGCUAGCUAGGCCAGCCAACGCAUAAUUUUGUUUUGCAAGUGGAGCGAGAUUACUUAAAUGACCAACAGGAGCAAGUCCUAGGAGUUCAUGGAGAGAAAAAAAACCACAAAUUUUGUUGUUCAAACGUCUCAUCAGCCAAAUCCUGCCAUGUUUUAAGGCAAAUAUCCGCCAAAUUGUAUCUUUUAUAAACUCAAAAUUCCGCCAAUUCCUUUCGUUUUCGUGGCCAAUUCCGUCAACCCGACAAACUAUUUUCCCAGACAUCGACUUCAGGAAACCCCAAUCUGGCGGAAAACCGCUGCAUCUGGCACCAUUGCUGACAAUCCUGGAAUCCUUCAAUAUGUGGCUUUGUGUCACAGUAUUUGACCAGAGGUGGGUCGGUGGGAGUUGGGGUUAAAGAGGUUAGGGGGGUCGAGGAUUUUCCGUUUGAGCCAACCAAAAAGCUAGAUAAAAAACAGGUCGGAUAACUCACUCAAACACAUUUUGAGAAGCGUGUCCGAAGAGAUCCUUUGACAGAUUUACCCAAGAAAUGUCAGAAUUACCUUGACUAUGUAUGCCAUUGAAUGGAGAAAACCAAACCCCGUCCCAAUAAAGUGUAUUUUGGUCGGGAUUCUCCAACCACUGAUGACGGGAAUUCAAUAAGUCAGGACCUUUUAUGUCUGGCUGUGGACGGAAGAGUAUCUGUGCGGAUCUUACCCGAUUGAACAAGCAAGUGGAAUCUCCCACUCAUCUCGUUCCUACUAGCGGGGAUAUAGUCACCUUUAUCAUUCCCGAUGCAAUCAUUUUCUCUACUUUGGAUGCCCGAUCCGGUUAUUGGCAAAAGUCUUUAGCCGAACAAUCACGCAAUCUGACAACAUUUUACACUCUUCUUUGGAGGAGAUUCCGAUAUUUGCGGUCGCUAUUAGACGCCUCACGCUGCACGAAAUGUGGUUUACGUUCUGCACUUCAAAGGGCGCUUUGUGAGUUAGCCUCUGCCAAAUACAGGACCGAUUGAGCCAAUUUCUAUAUAUUGAAUUACAAUGCCAUUUUUUUCAAUUCCUAUUUUCAAUACAAAAUUUAGUUCUAGAACCUUCUUUUGUUCUUUUCCAUUCCAUUAAUGUUAGCUUGUUCCUGUAGUCGAGUUGGUGUAUGUUGGCUGAGGUUAGCUAGCUGGUCA